CUGCUCUUGCUCCUGCUGUGUGUACUUCGUAUGUACUCCUGCCGCGUGCCUGCAUCCCCAUACAUUUUUUUUUUGAUCAGUCUCCAAAGUGCAGUAGCUACCGUGCUACCACAAUCUUUAAUCGGCCCUUUGUUCCUUCCACUCCAUCUCCACCCAACUUUUUUGCUUCUUCCACCAACUCGAAUUCCAUCUCGUCUCUUUCUUCCGGAGAUUCAUUUUUCUUCUACCUGGUCGACAUCCUCACCAGCCCUCCCCUCCCCUUCUCUUUUUCUCUAUAUACCUAAACGCCGACACUGCAUCCGCUGCUUUUGGCAUUAGGCCGGCUACCACCCCGUAAUCGAGUACUCUGGUUUCCUUCGAAUCAAACGCACAAGCUUUCGCUGUCCUGAGUCUCAUUCAAUCACUCGACGUUACACUCCGGUCGCUGAGUUCUCCCCAACAAUGUCCCCUCCUGCAAUGGCACCGGCCUUGGGUACGGCUGGAAAAGAGUACAAGAGAGAGUCCGGCACUGCUCGACUGUUAGGCUCAGGCUCCGCCGGCAUCGCUGAGCUCAUGGUCUUCCACCCAGUAGACACCAUCGCCAAAAGGCUAAUGAGCAAUUCAGGGAAGAUCACCUCCGUAUCGAACCUGAACAGCGUCAUCUUCAAGGAGUAUGCCUCGGCCUCGAUCGGUACCAAGUUCACUUCUCUCUUCCCUGGAUUAGGAUACGCCGCUGGUUACAAGGUUCUUCAAAGAAUAUACAAAUAUGGCGGUCAACCGUUUGUUCGUGACUAUCUGACUUCACACUAUGCUCAAGACUUCGACAACGCUUUCGGCAAGGGUACAGGAAAAGCCAUUCUGAACGCCACUGCCGGUUCCUUGAUCGGCAUUGGUGAAAUUGUCCUACUCCCUCUCGAUGUCCUCAAGAUCAAACGUCAGACCAAUCCCGAGGCAUUUCGGUCCCGAGGGUUCUUCCGCAUCGUCGCCGAUGAGGGAAUGGGUCUCUAUCGAGGUGCUGGCUGGACUGCAGCGCGCAAUGCUCCCGGAUCUUUCGCCCUGUUUGGUGGAUCUGCCUGGGCCAAAGAGAAAGUCUUUAAACUCGAAGAUUACAACAAGGCUACCUGGGGCCAGAAUUUUGUCGCGUCCAUCGCCGGUGCCUCUGCUUCCCUGAUUGUGUCGGCUCCGCUCGAUGUCAUCAAGACUCGCAUCCAGAACCGCAAUUUCGAGAACCCCGAGAGUGGUUUCCGAAUUGUGUCGAGCAUGUUGAAGAACGAGGGUGUGACGAGUUUCUUCAAAGGUCUGACCCCCAAGAUGCUCAUGACGGGUCCCAAACUGGUUUUCAGCUUCUGGCUGGCCCAGACAUUGAUUCCGUUCUUUGGCACCAUUGUCUAAAUGCCUUUGGAUGAGCGAUGGUGAAUGUAUGGGAUGCUGCCCUGAACUUGUAAAUGGAGGAUAGGGUCUUCUACGGCGUUGAGAGGUAUUUUGAUGUGAUUACCAAGACUCUCCUCUAAAACAGCGAGGCGUUUGUUCGUCUAGAAAUAUUGGAGUUUUUGAGGAAUGGCCAUGGCGCCAACCGGUGCUAAAGCGGGCACCAGUUCCUGGCGACAAAAGACCUCUAUUCGAGCCGCAAAGUGCAGCCCAAAGGGAUACUUUGAGAAAAGAGGGCCUCGUGCUGUGACCAGAUCGGCAAGCUUUGCAACGGCAGGAGACGGUGGCUUAAUGAUCCGUUGUGAACUCGCAGGGUUGACACUCGUGUAAUGGAAGAGUCGGCUAUUCCCACAAGAAUGGGAAAGAGGAGAGACUGAGAGACUUCAAAUGUCAUAUAGUCUAUAGAGUACGGGGAUUGGCCGGCUGUGCUCGAUCUGACGGACGAGCCAAUCUUGGACAGACAAACAUGAUACCCUUGCAACGCGU